AUGCUUCUCUCAAAAGGAAUCUUCCUUAACCAGGGGAAAAAGAGGUUUUGGCUAAAUAAGAAUGGAGAACAUUGUGAAAUGAUAUCUGCAGCAGAAUGUUUGAUUCCUAUUCGUACUGUGUCUGAGUAUUAUUAUCGGCAAACCAAACCAAGAUUUAUAGCAUCAUCGUGCAGAUUUGCAGUAAACGGCCAUCAACCAUUAUGUAGGGAAUUCAAAACACAUGUCAAAACGCAAUUUUUGUCACGAGUGGCGGGGGAGACAAAAUCUUGGACUUCUUACUUAGUAGAUAAGAGAGAAGAUGGAUGUCUGAUGACCGAAUUGUAUCAGUUUGCUAGCGACAACAGAAAUGUUGAUCUUGAAAUUACAUUUCUAUCCGAGGAACCAUUGAUAGUUGAAGGCAUGGUGUUUCUGCCACUGGAGAGAGUGGAGCAAGAAGUCGUAGAGGAUGAGAAGGUGGAUAUUCAGACCAUAUCAGAUUCAGACACAUAUUGGGAACAAAAGUUGCCAAGUGAUUAUGAAGACAUAAUCAAGACGUCAAAAGAUAGUGUGCAAUGGACAACAAAGAAGGAACUCUACUAUGUUCUUUGCAAAGGGUUCCUAAUCAAUGAUGGCAAACAGUGGUUUUCUCUUGCAAAAGAUGGGAAGAAAUGUUAUAUGCUUCCAGCUCGAGUGGUUGUGAAUAAACGACAGUGGAGUUGGCGGUCCUUACCUGAAUCAAGAUUUGGAGAAGUGGCUUAUGAUCCUCAUGGCAACUUUUGGAUAUAUUGCAUAUUAAAAAUGCCAUCACCUCAAAAAACAUAUGGAGCCUACCUAGUUUACAAAUUACACGCAUACCAUUCUGGUUUUGAGUUUCCUUUGAAAGUUAGUUAUAGGCAUCAUUCUUGGUAUAUAUAUUUACUUUGUCCUCAACUCCCAAUUAUUAGAGGAAAGGAAUAUAAAAACUCCUACAACCCACUAAAGAGACACAAAAUGAAAGGCAUUCCAAAAGAACGUAAUGAUGGUUGGAUGGAAGUACAAGUGUGCGAAUUUCAAAGCCCCAUGGAAGUACACGUAUGGGAAUUUCAGACCUCCACUACUUCUAAAACGAUUUUGAGGGAUCGUCGAUUGCCACUUUCUGUUAAUGAAUCAGUUAAAGGGCUUACUCUACAGGGAAUUGAGUUUAAACUCAUGAAUUAA